GGGGAGUCUCCAUGGCGAUGCGAAGAUGGCGACCAGCACGCCUACCAAGCGGGCCGCCCCGUCCUCCAACUCUCAGCGGCCUGCUAAGAAAGGACACUGGUCUCAGGGGCUUCUCGAGUCCAUGAACGAUCCCAACCUCAUCGUGGAAUCGGAUGAGCGAAUCGUUAUCAUCAAGGACAAGUAUCCCAAGGCUCGCUAUCACUUUCUGGCAAUUCCCAAGAUCAAUGUGCCUAACCUGAAGGCACUAAAGAGGGAGCAAAGUGAGCUACUGCGGUACAUGCAGGACCAAUGCCACCUCCUGGCAUCCAAGUAUCCCCAUGUGGAAUUCAGGUAUGGGUACCACGCCAUCCCCAGCAUGUCCCAGCUACACCUGCACAUGAUAAGCCAAGACUUUGACUCCCCAUGCCUCAAAACCAAGCGACACUGGAACUCCUUCAACACCAAGUACUUUCUGGAUAGUGCAGAUGUGAUCCGGUGCCUGGAGGAGCGUGGCAUGGUGGUGACCAUGACACCCAUUGCUGGUGAGAAGUUACUGGACUUACCCCUCAAGUGCCACAAGUGCAUUUAUUCUCCUCAGAACAUGCCCAAGUUGAAGCAGCACCUCUAUAAGCACUCAAACAAUUGAGGCUUGAUGAGUGUGGAGUGUGGUGCUUAGCUUGAGAGACACUGAUGAGUGUGCUUCCUGAACCCUGGUUGCCAUUAUUCUAAGAAAGUGAAAUCCUUAUGCAGUCAUUGCCUAUAAAUUAGUGGUGUACUCAUUAAAUACCUUUUAUAUUCUCUGGUCCAUGUAUUUAAAUUUAAAUUUAUUCCUUCUUGUAUUUUCACAUAACACAAUCUACACUUUAUACAUACAUUUAUGAAACUGUUCAUUCACAUUCUUUCUAGUUUGCAGACUGAUUUGCUUGAAUACUGAGGAACAAGAGAAUGAGUAGAUAGAGCGAACUUAUUUUAGUCAUUAUCAAGCGGUGUGGUCAUGGGGAUGGGAGAUCAGUGUACUCCUUUAUCAGAGGCUAAGAUGUGCAAGAAUGCUUGUGGAUAUGAUUGUGUGUGUGUAUACAUAGAUGCCAUGUCAUGGCAGAUCCUCUUUGUGAGUAAUGGCAGCAUUAUAUAUUUAGAUGGAAUGAAUGUAAACUCAACUGAAUUUGGUGGGUCAAUUUGCAAGUAUGAGAGAAGCUUGAUAAAAAGGUAAAGUGAGAAGACAAAUAUUUUUGGACUGCUGGAUGCUGGUUUAUUUAUAGUAAUUAUGAUACUAUCUGAUUACACACUGUAAGACAAGUGGCCAGUGUUGGAAUUGAUGCAUCUUUUUAUAAACUGGUUUUCUA